CGUCACACGAAUUUGACGGCUGCUCUAUCAAAAUGAGUUGUUGAUGAUAUUUUGAUGUUUUAAAACGGUUUCAAAGAACUUUGGAAAUCAAGAAACAAACAAUGAGUUAUGGACCUCUGGUUGUGGAGAUUGUAUGUAUAUUCAUAGUGACAGCUUUUCUUCUCCAUCACUAUGGUAACCUGAGGAAACAACGUGUCCUUGUGACUGUGGGUGCCUUUGUGGCUUGGUAUUUCUCUUUUAUGAUCAUCUUCAUCCUUCCAUUGGAUGUAACCUCAACAUAUUACCGCCAGUGUUUAAGAGAAAGCAAGUAUGAUGUGAACACAUUCUCUCCCACAUCUGCCAAUGUGACAUCCUCCGGCGUGACAACACCCUCUCCGACAACACCCAAUGUUAGCGGUGCAGAGGUGACAGAAUCAGAGUCCAAGGUGACAGGAGAGCCAACAGAGCCAACGAGUGUAUGUCAGGUCCCCACUGGUCACGUACCAGACUAUGUCCUCCCCACUCUCUGGCAUGUUGUCUACUGGACAUCACAGGUGUUAACUUGGAUUAUUUUACCAAUGAUGCAGUCCUAUUCCAAUGCUGGAGACUUCAGUGUGGCAGGUAAACUGAAGACCUCUCUCAUACAGAAUGCCAUUUAUUACGGGACAUACCUACUAAUCUUUGGGGUGUGUCUUAUCUAUGUGGCUGCCAGGCCGGAUCUGGAUGUUGAUGCCGAGAAGCUGAAGGUGAUAGGUGUGACAGCCAGUAACACAUGGGGCUUGUUUCUGCUAGUCUUACUGCUGGGAUAUGGGCUAGUGGAGGUGCCGCGAUCUAUCUGGAACAACUCCAAGCGAGGUUACACGUUGUCCAAGACUCAGUUCAAAAUUGCAAAGCUGAGCACGGAGAAGUCAGAGGCUGAGGAGGAACUGGAGGAUGUCCUAGAGGACAUUAAGAAAGCUGCAGAAAGCAUUAAGUACAACCACCCACUGAGGAAAAAUGUAGACACUAUCUUAAGAAAGUGCCCUGAGUCGUUCCUGCAGACAAUAAGAAACAUGGACGACUACCAAGACUACAACAUGUCCACGGAGACUCCUACGCAAAAGUCACUGAUCCGCCUCCACUGUAAGCUGAUCCGGGCCUCACAGAACCAAUUCCGCACACGCUGUCAGUGGAACAUGCUGAUAGAAAAGGCCUUAGAGCUGGAAGAUUUGGCUGCCAAUGAGAACAACACGGAUAAGAAAUUCAGGAAGGCCUUAGGGCAGAAUAAUUAUCACCAAAUCUUUAGAAUGGUCUACACACCAACUGUUGAGUGGUACUGGAAGGUUCAGUUUCGACCAAUCACAAUGAAGGUGUUCUCUGUCCUGCUGAUGAUCUUCUCUUUUAUGGUCGUCUGGUCUGAAUGUCUCUUCUUCAUCAAAGAGCCAGUUCUCUCCCUUUUCGCUGUCUUCAUCAACUUGGCCAAGGAAAACUAUGACUACCUGUAUAUUGAGCUGGCCAGCAUCAUUGUCAUAGGCUAUCUGUGUAUCUGUGCCUACUCCAGUAUCUUCCAGAUUCGCAUCCUCAACUAUUAUUACAUUGCCCCGCAUCACCAGACCGAUGAGAACAGCCUGCUCUUCUGUGGAAUGAUGCUGUGUCGCCUAACCCCGCCUAUGUGUCUAAACUUCCUGGGACUGAUCCACCUGGAUAGUCAUGUGAUCCACGAACACCUAGAGGAGACUUCCUACACUCAGAUCAUGGGUCACAUGGAUGUUGUAUCAUUCAUCUCUGAUGGGUUUAACGUCUACUUCCCGAUCGCCAUUGUCCUGCUGUGUAUCUUCACUUACUUCAGCCUGGGCAGUCGUAUUCUCCACUUCCUGGGUUUCCAGCAGUUUAUUGGAGAGGAUGACAUGACGCAGGAGCUGGUAGACGAAGGGAGGGAACUCAUCAAGAGAGAGAAGAGGAAAAGAGAGAGAGUUAUUGAAGGAGAGGAAAGACGACGAAUGUGGAAUGAACGAUUUGGAGAUGAGCGGUCUGGAGAUCAUCGUAUCGACCAAUUAGAAUCUCAUAAAAGAGCACCAGACUCCCCACUUCCAGGUAGACACAAAGUGGCCCGAAGUCCAGAUGAAAACGAUCGCACUGAGCUGUUGAAAGAAGCAGAGCCCGUGGACUACACAGGGCAGGUAACUGAUAGCCCUGACCUGAUGUCUGAGCGUUACCAACCUUCGGGGUAUCGGUCCCAAGUGGGUCGCUACGGAGCAGCAAGAUCUGCCUCCCGUCCUCCUCGAGGGAUAUUUGAUGAUAUUUAAUAGGCCAGAGAGCUUUGUGAGAUCAACAGCUGAGCAGGUUGUAUUUUUAUAUAACCAAUGCUCAGGGUUAUAGAAGUUAUUGUGUUUAUGUUGCUGAUUCAGCAAACCACAUGCGUGGGGCAAGUGUAGGAGCAUGGCCUAUAUUCUUCUACCUGACCUUCAGGGUAGUUUUCUUGUUGUUUUUUUUUUCAGUCUAAAAAAAACAAGCUGAAAAAAAAAAUCAAACCAUUUUAUUUAUCAUAGAAAAAUAAGAAUCUGUGUAGCUUCAUUACACACAUUAAGUUAAUAUCUGGCCUGAUUAAAUGAUCAUAUGCACGGGUUCAUUUCUCUGUGCAGUGUUGCAUACAUGCAGCAAGCCACAGUUACCCAACUUCUAUAGUAUUUGUUGCCUUGGUGUCAGCCAGUGUAACUGAGAAGGCUCCAAAGCUGAUUUGUAAAUUAAGUAACAUGUCAAAGCUUUUCAAGUAGCAUAGUCUCAGGUUUUAAUUUUUACAAACUGAGGUUAAUUUAUGCCUUGCAUGUGAAUCUUUAGCUUACCAUUGAGUGGGAAGAUUAUUUUAAAGUCAGGGCAGACUGUAUGGCUGUUUUACAUAACAGAAGUAUGAACUUCCAAGGGAUAUUGCUCAGGUCUGAAUCUUCAGUCCAUGACCAGUUAUUUGUGUUCCAGUAUCAUCUGGUAAUGAACAUUUAAACUUUAGUGCACAAUAUAAACAAGCUCUAUAAUGGCUGUGUGGUGUGUUGUUUAUUCAGCCAGAUAAUCUACAUACACAGUUGUUUUACAUAUUGUACAGGUUUAGAGCAUGUAUAAUGUAUAAUUCAACUACAUGUAAUGCAUGUACAUAUUUUUUGUUAAGCAUAAUAAGAAUUGAGCAAUUUGUUUAUAUGUACAUGUAUGUAUUUAAUGUUCAGUUGGUAUCUUAUGUUUUAAGGACAUCUGCUUUUUACGUUGGUAUUUCCCUAUAGGCAUUCAGUGAAAGUAGUAUUUUAUACAGGGGAAAUCUUCCUUCUCUGCACCUACAUUAACAUACACUACCUGUAGUGCUAGAGGUACUGAGAGAUAUGUAUAGACUUGUAUGUAUUUGUCACUCUUGAGUUGUAGAAAUGCUCUGAUUUCAGAUGUUCAUUGAAAAUGCAUAACUAUUUUCCAGGCUUUUGUCGGUUAUCGGUAGUUGGAAUUGUUUUUUCUUAUCAUAAAUAAAUCUAAUUUAUCUUUAACACAAAAUACACAUACUUGUAUAUGACUUAGGUUCUGCUCAUGACAAAGUUGCACAUUUUGACUGAUUCGGAAAGCUCUAUUGAUCUUAGAAAGUUGUUUCAGGAUUUGUUUUAAAGGUAGGAAGAUGUCCUUCAGGAAAAAAUGUGAUUGUAGCAACAACAGUAAUAUUUUAUGACAUUUAUUUGCAAUUUGGAAAUACAUUUUUUGGGGUGAAAUUUUAUGUCAUUUCCAUAAAUUGUAUAUUUUCCAGUCUCUUGUUUAUUCUUGCCGUCCAUGUUGUGAAUACAAACUCUGUUUUUCAUUUGCACUUACUCUCCCUAUGAUGCAGACUGUGUGCAUUAAUUCCUAUAGGAUGUUGUAAACUGAAGCAUUCCAAUUUCUCAGCGAGCAGUUUUGUGCUCUGCAAACUAACAUAUCUGAAGAAGCAGCAAAUUACAAGUAGGUGUUCAUGUAUGUUAUUAUUGUGCACAUUAUAUUCAUGGAACUUUGAAUUCCAUGUUAAUUUAUGGAUACUGUCAGUGAUGUAAUGUGACAAAAAGACAUCUAUGAGAUAUCCGUGUUAUGUCAAAACACUUUGUCAGUCUUAAGCUGCCCUUCCAAUUGUUUCUGAUCUUUUUGCGACGAUGUAAAAAAUUGAAAAAUCCCAGUUACAUUACAUUUUUGUAUGGAUUUAGCAAUCCUGGAGAAAAAUAAAUACGCACUUUCGUGUGGUCACAAUUUGUUUUUUAUUUAUUAUUUGUUUUGUUAGCAUCAAAAAAUAAUAUGUUACUUUUAGAUCAGGUAACAGAUUUCAGUGUUGACUACUUGUCAGCUUAUGUACAUUUUCUUAACAGAGUCUCUGAAUUUGCUUACAAAUUAAUCUCUAAACCAAGAUCCUGACAGAUUUACCAAAUAAUUCCUCAAUUUUACACACAACAUCACUGUAUGGGUUUUUGUUCUCAAAUUCUGGUGAUCUAGCUGAAAUGUUUCCAGGGCAUAUUUCAUGGUGUAGGCUUAUAUACAUAUACUUGUAUAGUUAAUAUGGUAUAUUAAAUAAGUGUGUGUCAUAUCUGCUAUUUUCUUAUAUUUAACUGUUGUAGAUAGUUUAGCUGUUAGAAAUAUAUGUAGGCAUAACUUAAUGACAUCUCCUUCUGCCGUUAACAAUGAAAAAACAAAAACUACAUGUAUAAUUUAAGUGUUCAUAGUAACUGCACUUAAAUACACAAAUAUAUUUGUGGUAAUGGGUAAAAAGAAUGAUGUUACUAUUGCAGGUGUCAUGUUCAGGACUAAGUUUGUUGUAUUAAUUGCAAACAUACUUGUAUGUUCACAUUAAAUGCAAUUUAUUAAACUAUUGUUUAUUAACUUAAGG